GGCCUGAGGGUCCUGGCGGGGGGCGGCGCCGCUCCGCGUCUUCGCGACUGCACCUCCGCGCCUCCGUCUCGUCUCGCCGCGGCUCCGGGGAUGCGCGGAGGCGUCGGCGAUGGCGAUGAUGCCUUUAGCCCAGCAUCGUCCCGGGCGGCGGGCGGAGCUGGGGUCCGGGCUACAAGAUGGAGGAGGAGGGGCGGCGCUGCGGCCACCGGGCAGGCUUAUCUGCCCUGGACCUCUUUUGACACAUACCUGCUCCUCCGUGAGUUGAGACCCAGACUCCCUUCCCACUGAGUAUUUUUGGGGAACAAAAAGAAGAGGUGGUUGUCUUUGAAGAUGAACUCAACAGAACACCUUCCGGAUGCUCCCAAUGCCACCUCACUCCGCGUGCCUCACUCACAGGGGGAAAACAGCACCUCUCUCCAGGAGGGCCUCCAGGACCUCAUCCACACAGCCACCUUGGUAACCUGUACUUUUCUCCUCAUCAUCAUCUUCUGUCUAGGCUCUUACGGCAACUUCAUUGUCUUCUUAUCCUUCUUUGAUCCAGCUUUCAGGAAAUUCAGAACCAACUUUGAUUUCAUGAUUCUGAACCUGUCUUUCUGUGACCUCUUUAUUUGCGGUGUGACUGCACCCAUGUUCACCUUUGUGCUGUUCCUCAGCUCAGCCAGGAAUAUUCCCGAUGCUUUCUGUUUCACCUUCCACCUCACCAGUUCGGGCUUUAUCAUCAUGUCCCUGAAGACAGUGGCAGUGAUUGCCCUGCACCGACUCCGCAUGGUGUUGGGGAAACAGCCCAAUCGCACAGCCUCUUUUCCCUGCACUUUGCUCCUCACUCUGCUUUUGUGGGCCACCAGUUUCACCCUUGCCACCGUGGCUACCCUGAAAACCAGCAAAUCCCACCUCUGCCUUCCCAUGUCCAGUUUGGUUGCUGGAGAAGGGAAAGCCAUCCUGUCUCUCUAUGUGAUUGACUUCACCUUCUGUGUUGCCGUGGUGUCCGUGUCUUACAUCAUGAUUGCUCAGACCCUGCGGAAGAAUGCUCAAGUCAGAAAGUGCCCCCCUGUGAUCACAGUUGAUGCUUCUAGACCACAGCCUUUCAUGGGGGUCCCUGUAAAGGGAGGAGGAGAUGCCAUCCAGUGUACCAUGCCAGCUCUAUACAGGAACCAGACUUACAACAAACUGCAUCACAUUCAGACCCAUGGAUACACCAAGAGUCCCAAACAGCUGCCAACUCCUGUAGCCAGCCGGCUCCAGCUGGUGUCAGCCGUCAAUCUCUCCACUGCCAAGGAUUCCAAAGCUGUGGUCACCUGUGUGAUCAUUGUGCUGUCGGUCCUGGUGUGCUGUCUUCCACUGGGGAUCUCCUUGGUGCAGGUGGUUCUGUCCAACAAUGGGAGCUUCAUCCUUUAUCAGUUUGAACUGUUUGGAUUUACCCUUAUAUUUUUCAAGUCAGGAUUAAACCCUUUUAUAUAUUCUCGAAACAGUGCAGGGCUGAGAAGGAAAGUGUUCUGGUGCCUCCAAUACAUAGGCCUGGGCUUUUUCUGCUGCAAACACAAGACCCGACUUCGAGCCAUGGGGAAAGGGAACCUCGAAGUCAACAGAAAUAAGUCCUCCCAUCAUGAAACAAAUUCUGCCUACAUGUUGUCUCCAAAACCUCAGAAGAAAUUCAUAGACCAGGCUUGUGGCCCAAGUCAUUCUAAGGAAAGUGUGGUUAGCCCAAAGAUCUCUGCUGGACAUCAACACUAUGGCCAGAGCAGCUCAACUCCCAUCAACACUCGGAUUGAACCUUACUACAGCAUCUAUAACAGCAGCCCUUCCCAGGAGGAGAGCAUUCCACGCAACUUACAGCCAGUGAACACCUUUGGAUUUGCCCAUUCUUACAUUGCCAUGCAUUAUCACACCACCAAUGAAUUAAUGCAAGACUAUGAUAGCACUUCAGCCAAGCAGAUUCCAGUCCCUUCCGUUUAAAGUCCUGGAAACUAGAGAAUCUAAUUUCAUUAAACUAGUCUUGUGUUUUUUUUAACUUUUGUGAGAUGAGUGGUAGAUCAAAACUUAAAAAUGCAGCUAAACCACAGGAAGUAACGAUUUUCUUUGGUCUGAAUUAUUCAUAUCUAUUGAUUUGCUUUGUAGUUCUUUUGACAUUUUAAGAUUUGAUGUAAAAAUUUAUUAUUUAGAUUUUUUACCCUG